AUGAGGCUUCCCCUGGGAGUCAGCCUCGUCACGCUCAUUGCAUGCUUCUUCGUCGUCACAAUCCAGCUCACUCGCCUGCCAAAGCCCUCCCACGCGGCCCAAGUGGCCUACACGCGCCUUCAAGAAAUUGCUCGCUCUCCGCACCCGUACAAUAGCGCGCGCAAUGACGAGGUACGGGCCUACUUGCUCAAAUCCAUCAUGCAAGACUGUCCAUCUGCCCUGGACGAAAGCGACAACUCGACACUCUGGGUAUCGCCGGCCUCGAAUCCCGAUGUCAAGAUUUCCACCUACUUUGAGCAAAACAACCUCGUCAUCGUCUUGCCAUCUUCACAAAAGAAUGUACAAGAGGCCGUUCUCAUGUCGGCACAUUACGACUCUGUUUCCUCCAGUAAUGGUGCAACAGAUGAUGGCAUGGCUCUGACUGUAUUGCUUUCCCUUGUCAAGAAGUACUGCGAGCACAAAUUGCCGGCCGACCUGGUCUUCAAUAUCAAUAAUGCAGAGGAAGACGGUUUGUUUGGAGCCCAAGCCUUUCUUUCUCACAAGCGUAUGAAGUUCGUCAAGUCAUUUGUCAAUCUCGAAGGUGCAGGUGCGGGCGGCGCCGCUAUGCUGUUCCGUACGACGGGCGCAGAAGUUGCCAAGGCAUACAAGGGCAGUAAGCUGCCUCGCUCAUCCAUCGCGGGCAACGACUUCUUCCAGCGCCAUUUGAUCAAAUCUGAGACCGAUUUUGUCAUCUAUGCGCCAUUUGUACCAGGCUUGGAUAUUGCCUUUUACGCUCCGAGAUCGCUUUACCACACGCAACGUGAUGGAACAAGGACUACAAGCCCUUGGUCUAUAGAACACAUGCUCUCUGCAGCAGAGCAUUCCAUGCUUAACCUGGCCAAGCAGCAACCAUUGGUGGACAACAAGAAUAAGAACCCCUUCUUCUUUGACUUUUUGGGACUCUUCUUCUACAGCAGCUCACUCAACGCGCUGCUCUGGCUUGAUCUGGCUAUCCUCAUUAUGGCGCCGAUCCUUCUUGGCGCAGGCUUCUCCAUUCGAUCGUAUUUUGGCAAGGUCAAGUUUGUUGGCAUGGGUCGCACGUUUGCAGCGUUGCUCCUGCAAAUCGCACUCGUCGCUGGCCUAUCUUUACUGAUAACCAUGCUGAACCCCUAUAUCAUUCAUUCAUCAGCAACCCUGUACUCGGCAACAAUUCUGCUAGGUUCUUUUGCCAGCAACUUAUUCGCCACGCGUCUCUUGAUUUCGAGGGUACAAGAUCAGCAUGAUUUGUCCCGAGUCAUGUCGUGGGAGCUUUGCAUCAUCUGGUACGUUCUGCUCUUCAUCUCAACCAUCACCUCGUUGGCCCUAAAGAUUGGCUCGACCUAUCUAGUGACCAUCAAUUUUCUCGCAGCAUUCGCCGUGGCGCUCGUCUCGCUCUUUGAACGAUCUGCAUAUGUGCCACCACAAGAAACGUUUGACUCAGUCGUCGCUGCACGCCGUGACUCGGAUGCAGGCUCGACGGAAUCCUCGCCUUUGCUGCGUCGCGAUCUGCUCGCUCCAGAAGUGGAAGAAGAGAUUCGGCAAGAGAAGCGAAGGCGCGAUUAUCGCUCGGCCGCCACUUGGAUCGUCAAGUUUCUCAUCCUCGUUCCAAUCCCAGCGCUGGUGUGUCUUUGGCUACUCUAUGCCACGAUUCUUCCAGGGCUCGACCAGACGUUGCCGGACGGUAGUCCAGGGACCACGGUCUAUGCAAUCGUUGCACUCUUUUCCAUUUUGACCUUCUUUAACUUGGCACCCUUCUUCCUGUCAACCUCGCUCUCUUCGGCAUUACCAGCUCUCUUGCUCUUGCUUCUCUGUGCAAGCUUGACGUGCGUCUUCAAAUCACCAUUCAGCGUCAAGGCACCACUCAAGGUUUAUUACCGCCAGUUUGUUGACUUGGAUGCCAUGUCUUCGCACGUUGCUAUUGAAGGUCUGCCUGGAUACAUGGACGCUGCAGUGAGCGAGCUAGCGUUGGCCAAGAAGGGUCUCUCUUGUCAUCGAGGCUCAACUCGUGGCAAACGCUUGAAUACAUGCACAUUCAGUGCGCCUGUUGACUCUCGACUCGCCAAGAGUGGUAUUGAGACGACUUGGAUCAGUGUCAAGGACAGUAGACACGCGUCGCUUGCAGUCAACAGGAAGAAGGAGAAGGAUGGAAAGAAGACAGUCUUGCAGAUUCACAGCGCUCACAGCAAGAUUUGUGAUUUACAAAUGGAGGAGGUGAUGCCGAUUGUUGCCAUCAAUGGUGAACCGGUCGAUGCGCGAGACGCCCACAUUCGUCUGUAUCGUCGCGGCUUUGAGACGCCCUUUGAGAUUGAAUUUGGCAAGACGACUGGCGAUGAUGAUACGGAUGAGGGAACGGAAUCAGCGCAUCACAUCAAGGGGCGUGUCAUGUGUUUCUGGGAUGAUCGGUCAGAUGGCCGCAUUGCGUCGUUUGACACGGUCCAGCGCGAAUUGCCCGAGUGGGUGGAGGUGAGCAAGCGAGAUACUGGACUCAUUUGGUACAGCCGCAACUUGACGCUGACUGUGUGA